CCUCAUCCCCACUACUCGUUCCGCCGAGGUUCCUCCAGGGUUUAGAAUCAAUAUGAAUACGCCCGCGAAGCGCGCUGACUUCGCUUCCACACGAAUUCCCGAGGCUCGCGAGACGGCGGUGCGCGCGAGUAAAACCGCGAGCGAGCUGUGCGUGACGUCGUGAGUCGUCGUCGUCUCUCGAGCGCGUGCAUACUAACAGGAACGAACGGGGGUCUUAUCGCGUCACCCCAGCGCGCGAAGGAAAGCCGCCCGAAACAGAAGAGACUGUCAGUUACCGAUUCCACGGAAAGUUUCGGGAAGAAACGGUUGCACUAUCAAUCGGUUCGGUCGGUCGACCAGGUGUCAAAGUCUCGAGAACAGAACAACUAAAGAGAGUCGAUCACGAGCGAUCGCGAGACUCAGAAAAGGAGAAAAAAAGAAAAAGAGAAGGUGUUCGAUCAGUCGGGCGACGAGGUCGAUCGGGCAACGAUGGCAGUGAGCACCUUCUCGACAGCUUUGCACACCACCGAUCUUACGUGCACCACACCUGUGCCCUGGACCGAGGCAUCGCUACCGCCCGAAGACGAGGAGGAGAAUAUCCUGCAUAUCGGCGGUAUCUUUCCGAUCGCUGGCGAAGGCGGCUGGCAAGGCGGUCAGGCUUGUAUGCCAGCCGCACACUUGGCCCUAGAGGACGUUAAUCGCGAGAAGAACUUGUUACGAGGAUACAGACUACACCUUCAUUCCAACGACAGCGAGUGCGAGCCCGGUCUCGGCGCGUCCGUCAUGUAUAACCUGCUCUACUUUCCACCCUAUAAGCUAAUGCUAUUAGCUGGCUGCAGUACGGUUUGCACCACAGUCGCUGAGGCGGCGAAAAUGUGGAAUCUAGUGGUGCUUUGCUAUGGUGCGUCGUCGCCAGCGUUGUCCGAUCGAAAUCGAUUCCCGACUCUCUUCAGGACACAUCCGUCUGCCACCGUACACAAUCCCACGAGAAUCAAAUUGUUGCAAAAAUUUGGCUGGUCUCGGGUAGCGAUAUUGCAGCAAGCCGAAGAAGUGUUCAUAUCGACCGUCGAAGACCUGGAAGCGCGUUGCAAAGAGGCCGGGAUCGAGAUAGUAACGCGGCAAAGCUUCCUCUCGGACCCAACGGACGCGGUGAAGAAUCUACGUCGUCAGGACGCGCGGAUAGUCGUCGGCCUGUUCUACGUGGUGGCCGCGAGGAGGGUACUCUGCGAGCUCUAUCACCAGAAGCUAUACGGCAAGACCUACGUGUGGUUCUUCAUAGGUUGGUACGAGGACGACUGGUUCGAGAUCAAUCUGGAGAGGGAGGGCAUCACCUGCACAAAGGAGCAGAUGCGCAUGGCGGCGGAGGGCCAUCUCACCACCGAGGCGCUCAUGUGGAAUCAGAACAACGACACGACAAUCAGUGGCAUGACCGCCGAGGACUUCAGGAAAAGACUGAACAAGUUGCUGAAGGACGACGGUUACGACAUCGACAACAAUCGAUACCCGGAAGGGUACCAGGAGGCGCCUCUCGCCUACGACGCGGUCUGGUCCGUCGCAUUGGCGUUCAACAGGACCAUGGAGCGACUGGGCAAGAUGGGCAAGAACUUGAAGAACUUCACUUACGACAACAAAGAGAUCGCCGACGAGAUAUACGCGGCGGUAAACUCGACCCAAUUCCUCGGGGUUUCCGGUCACGUGGCGUUCAGCUCGCAAGGCGACCGGAUCGCUCUGACGCAGAUCGAGCAGGUGAUCGACGGCAAGUACGUGAAGCUGGGCUACUACGAUACGCAGAGCGACAAUCUGACGUGGCGGAACGUGGAGCGAUGGAUCGGCGGCAAGGUGCCGCAGGACAGAACGAUAAUAAGAACCGUCUUGAGAACGGUGUCACUGCCCUUAUUCAUAAGUAUGGCGACCUUGUCAGCGCUUGGUAUCGUGAUAGCCGUCGGAUUGAUCAUAUUUAACGUCUAUAAUAGGCACCGGAGAGUCAUAUAUUCGUCUCAUCCCACCGCUAAUACGAUAAUGUUGUUGGGCAUAAUAGGCUGUUUCUUGGCGGUGCUGUUCAUUGGGAUUGACGGUAGGUUCGUCACGCCCUGGCAGUUUCUUAUAAUCUGCCAGGCGAGAGCGUGGACGAUGUCGACCGGCUUCACUCUGGCGUUCGGCGCCAUGUUCAGUAAGGUGUGGAGAGUCCACCGACUCUCCACGAAAGCGAAAGCCGACCAGGGAAAAUCAUUGACGGCUAAACAAAAGGUUUCGUCUAUACAGAAGAAGAUUGAGCCGUGGAAGCUGUACGUAAUGCUGAGCGGAUUGUUGUCGGUGGACAUUAUCCUACUCGUCACUUGGCAGGUGGUCGAUCCGUUGCGCCGCAAAAUCGAGACUUUCUCGCUGGAGCUGCCUCCUUUCGGAGAUGAGGACGCGAUGAUCAAGCCCGAAUUGGAACAUUGCUCGAGCGAACAUUACGGCCUGUGGAUCGGUUUGAUCUACGGCUACAAGGGCAUCGUCCUAGCUUUCGGACUCUUUUUGUCCUACGAGACGAGAAGCAUAAAAAUCAAAUUGAUAAAUGACUCCAGAUACGUGGGAAUGUCGAUAUAUAAUAUCGUAGUUCUGUGUCUCAUAACGGUACCUGUGAUAAUGGUCAUCUCUAGCCAGCAGGACGCGAGUUACGCCUUCUCGGCGUUAGCCACUAUCUUCUGUUGCUUCCUCAGCAUGGCGCUCAUCUUCGUGCCGAAAGUAAUCGAGGUGAUCAGGCAUCCCCGUGACAAAUCCGAGUCGAGAUACAACCCGGACGGUGCAGUAUCCAAAGAGGAGGAGGAGAAGUACCAGAAACUACUCAACGAAAACGACGAGCUCCAAAAACUCAUUGCUGCGAAGGAGGAGAAAAUCCAGGCCAUCAAGCAAAAGCUAGCGGAGCGCGAUGCCCUGAAGGGAGCCGGCACGAGUCGCUGCAGGCAAGGUCAGCCGAAACAGUCCUUCAUCGUCUCCGACUACCCGACCGGCGAGGGGACAUCGGACAGUGCUAUCGGUGGGGGUAUUUCCAUAUGUACAAAAUCCUCCCGCGCUUCCGCCUCUGAUGUUGAGUUUUCAGAGACGUACUUAUAAUCCCUCCGACGAAUGUCACGGAACGUCUUUCUCGCUUUCUCUCUCGCUCUCCUGCGCGAUACAUUUGUUGAAAGCUCUUUUCGAUCGAUCUCGAUGAUUAUCAUCUUUCAAUCCCCUCACUCGAACGUAAAUUCUCAAUUGCCGUAAGUAUCGACGGAAAUGUAUGUUUGUGCACACGCACGCACACACACACAUACACACAUAUACAUGACGCUCGGGCAAUCUUCUUUUUCGUUCAAGUACAUCCCGUAGUUAUGAUACCACGAGUCACGAUAAUCGUUUACCAACGCGACCAACGCGAUCAACUACGGACUCCACGAAUACAGCUGUGCAAUCUCAAAGGACGAACGGUGAUUUUUACCUGUCGACACGUGUUUCCUUAUUUUCCUCACGCAGUUCAUGAAUGCACACAGGUGUGAAUCGUAUUCGCUUGUACGCUCAUCGACGAUCGUGAGAUGGCGAUUCGUUACGAUUAACGCGAGAAAUGUCAUAAGUGUUUAACUUCCUAGUGAAUUCUUUAGAGAAUCUCUUUCAGAGAACGUGAUGUAAUGUUCAUGCGCGAUCGAUAAUGCGCUCUCCCGCGUAUAUACACGUGUACAAACGUUAAUUUCAUACCGUCGGUGAACAAGCCCUUGAUGUGUAAACAGUAUUGAUUAAUAUCGCAUUACGUAAACAAAGUGCGGCAAGUUAGUGCGUAUUAGCGGGCGAACGAGAGACACGGAAUCUGGCCUAUCCCACCGCAUGUCUAAAAGACGCGUCUCAGAGACGUUCCUUCGGACGUCAUGUUCCCUCAAAUAGAUCCUUCGGGCUUUGUGUCCACGAUGUUCUCGAGCCUGUUGUAAAAGUAAUUAGAAAUUACUGGAAAUUCUUUCAAACAUUUAUCCACAUGAAUAUUAGGUCCGAGCAUCGUGGCCUAAGACUCACGCCUCAGGACACCUCUCUGGGAUGUUUCCCGUUGGCCCUAUUACUACCUUUCUCACGACGAUGGAUACGUUAUUUUCUACGAUUUAACGAUUGUCACACAGAUUUAUUAUCCAUCGUUGGAUCGUAUAUACACACACAUUCAUAUAUUUAUAUAUAGCCUGUUUUCCUAUUAACUGUUGUUAGAGAUAUUCGCGAUUGGACGUUUGAGAUGGUCGGCGUCCGUGAGAGAAAGUAUUCAAACCAAGAUUCUUAGUGUCGUACAAUCUUAUUCUAUGGACCAAAUACCCCGUGAAAUAAUAGUGUUUUCAGGGACAGAGCUUUCGAGUAUUUUAUAUCUCGACCUUUUAACGAACGUAUUUCCGAAGGAAUAAAACGGAACUUUUUCGAGAUGUGAUUUCGACCGGAAAUGUACGUUUUUCGAAGAUAACACGACAAGCUUUAUAAUCAGGUUUAAUCACGAGAGAUACAUAAGCGAUCGGUACAUUCUUCAUAUUCUAACGAGCGAGAUGCAUUGUUCCUCUAUCGUGUCUACCUGAGAAAUUGCUGAAAUUUUCCCGUAAAAUUUAUGCGUGUAAUUGAUAAUCGUUUCGCGAACACCGCGAAUGUUUCUUCUGGAAUUUUUUCACGAUCAUUUCGAAGGACACUGAGAACGCAUUUUUCGAAACCGCGCACAAUACGUAAAUACGAUCGGAACAUUCAUCGACGCGCGAAUUAAUCGUUCGCAGCUCCGAAAAUCAAUGAAAUCUUUACGGCUAAUAUAAUCACACAAAUCGAACUUUCUCCCUCUCUCUCUCUUUACUGUCUCGGCAUGACGUUCGUGACGUACCACUUGUACUCAUUUGUUACAGAGCACGAUAUGAGAAGCAGUUUGUAAUAUUUAUGUUAGGCCUAGUGCGAUCUUGAUGACUGUCAAAAUCACUCAAUUAUUAUAGCAGUUAAAUCUCGUUAGAAAAAUCGUCGUGACAAUUGUUGUACCGAGUGUUUGGAACAUGUGAACCUCAUGAAGCGUACUCCCAAAUUUGAAGAGACAAUCAAUCAGUUAAUCAGUGAUAUUCAAUCGGAGAUGCGUCGAUCUUACGGUAUCGCGCGCGCGCGCGAAAUAAAUGCUAACGAGAUUUAAAUGCCUUGCGAAUUCAUUCACUACCAUUCGUUUGUAAUUUGGGAGUCUUGAUGAGGUGAAGCGUCGCAUCAUUAUUAAUAGUCUGUGCAUGAAACCGUUCGUGUCGCACUAGCGACGAUUUUGAUCUCUGUGACAACAUACGGUGAAAAAUGAUAACAUCAAUUCUAGACUCACAUGUAAGCGAGAGUAUAGAUAAUCUCGUACGAAGACAAGACUUGCUCUUACGUGAAAAAAUUCUAUAUAGUACCACUAAAAAUAUCAUAUUCUUGUUAUUGAAAAAGAAGUUUUACUAAUUGGGAAGAGAAAAUAUUGAAUAUAGAAAGAACAAACUGACGCAAAUUUGGUUUGAUGGAAAUAUGAGAGCCUUGAAUUGAUACUAAUCUCUUCUUCUCUGUGCGAGCUGGAGAAUAAAACGAGUCUCUCUUUCUCUCGAUGGUGACGGCGGCGACUUCCAAAUCACUACGGAUAGAUCUCGGUUUUCUACGUUAACUGAUACCGCGCGUUAACGCGGUAUGGAUCGUUCACGAAGAUUAUGGUGUCUGACUUUCUGUUUCCAGGCACGCAGCACGUCGCCGAAAUGUACGAACUACACCGACUAUGAUGCCAAAGCAAUACACACCGCCCACACAACGCACACAAACACACAUACAAUACACACACAUAUACACACACAGAGACAGAACGAGCUGCGUUACCUCGCUCGCGUCGACAAAACUCUUCUAAAAUUAGUAUUAAACCUACGUGCACGGUCAAUAUGCGAUGGUAAUAACGAAUCUCGGGAUACGCCAAAACAAUGAGAGUGACUCUUGAAAGUGUCGAUUCCGCAAACGGCGAGAGUAGUCAUUUGUCACGUGCUUAACGUGUAAGUUAAAUCUAUAGCGUGUGGAAUUGUUUUAUAUGUUUCGAUAUUUCGGUAAAUGCAGUUCGACUGCGCCUUACGAAGAGAAAAAAAGAACAAAGAGAAGAUAAAGAAGGAAUGGUGAAAAGCUCGAAUAAGAGGACGGGAUGUAUCAGAAUACAGUCAGCGUGCGCUGUACCAUUCCCUAGACGGAAAAUUACAUGCCUUUCAGUCUUAUAUAUAAAGUUGAAAAUCGCUCGAAUAACUCUAAUUAUGAUAGGCUUAUAAUGCGUUGAGCAGAAAAAAAAAGUUUACUAAGCGCUUUGUGAUUAUUGCUUCUGGUUCUCCUGGAUAUAUGAAAGAUCUAAACUUCAAUUAUAGAUCACAAAGCAAAUUACUAAGCUGCUUUUACUGCUGAAUACAAUGACUAAUUAUAACGAUCUCUUGACCUUACGUGUGUAAGACUGAGAAACUUUGUAAUUUUUUUUUUUAUCUAGGGAAUGGUACAAUCGGUCACGGUUGCAACAGUUUUUCUCACCUGUUUCGAAACACACGGAAAAAUACGACGAAGCGAAUCAAUGAACAUGCGCAGUCAGACAACUGUCAAAAUUACUACACACAUGUAAUUUUGACGUGUAUGUACAUAUCUCAUUUUGACAGCUGUCUGAUCAUCUAUUGUUUAUGAAUUAUAAGUUCGCUUAGUCGUAUUUUUUCUAUGUUCUGAAGUAUGUAAGGAAAAACUGUCGCAACCGUCCUGUGAUUAUCUGUACAGCACACAUGACUGUACCUAGCGGGAAGCACACCGGUUUAGGCACAUUAAAGUUGGAAGCACAACAACGAUUAAGAGUCAUUACUACUGACAAGCUUGCGUAAUAAUCGAUUGUGAGCUAAAAUGACUGCAAAUGAUGCUGUAAAUAUUGGCUUAUUAUUAUAUCAACAAAUUUGUUAUUUGACAGAUUUUAAUUUCAUUUUGACUCUAUCGGGUAGCCAUAUUGGUUGUGAUGUCACAGACGAGAAGUAACAUGCAGUAAGUUUCUUGCAGCACGUAGUUUUAGUUUUCCCGGAAAACAUAAUGGUAAUCUUGAAACCUGUGAAAUAUUAUCGCGUUGUUCAUAGAGAAAUAUUGUGUGAUUGGCUGAAUUUUAUUUAUUAAUAUUUUCUUUAUUAAGAAUCAUAGAGAAAAAUGGUUCAGAAUUUGUUCACUUGAAUUUUAAUUAAUAAGGAAUAGCGUUAUACAAAUCGUAGGCGCGAACUUAUUAACAUUCUGUUGGCAUUUUCGAUUUGUUGACUUGAGCAGCAUUUCGGUAUUCGCUAUGGCAGUAUUGCAAACUAUAUUAGAUAUGACCUAUAGAUUAUAGUACCGCAAAGAUUAUCUAAACGAGUCGGAUCGACAAGUGUGUGUAUAUGUAUAUAUAUAUAUAUAUAUAUUUAAGAUUGUUUUAAGUUUCUGUUUAAUAUUUAAAUAUUAGCAUUUUUAUGUUUAUAGUAGAUCCUCUUUUGUUCUGUAUAUAUGAUUUAAAUGUUUAAUUUUUUGCGCUUCA